AUGGCCGUGGGUGGUGCAAAUGGGGGUUGGGAUCUUAGCACUGACUUGCAGUCAUGGGCUUCCUCCCAAACAUUUGCCCCUGGUGACACACUAACUUUCUCCUUUGGAUCAUUCCAUAGUGUUGUUGAAGUCCCAAAGGCAGACUAUGAAGCUUGCACUAUUAACACUCCCAUCAAGGCUUAUACGAGUGGUAGUGCGGUAGUCAAGCUAAGCUCCCCUGGUAAGCGAUACUUUGUUUGUGGGACUCCAGGCCACUGCGGCCAAGGAAUGAAGAUGGAGAUCGACAUUGCCUCAGCUUCAGAGGUUAUAAAUGCACCAGCGGCUUCUCCUGUAAUCCCGACUCCCGCUCUCUCUUCUCCACCACCUGUUGAUGGUCUGACCAUGGCUCCACAAUCCAUUCCAGCCCCUGCUCCAUUGAAGCCUCCGGCAGCUCUAUCACCGAUUAUUCAGACAUCAGGCCCACCUCUCAUUCAAUCCCCUGAGGCAGCAGGUCCUUCGCUACAAGUGGCUCAAGGGGAAAACAGUGGUGGCCGGCAGGUGGAGGCAGGGAUUGUGUUGGUGGUCGGUUUGCUGAUGGCUCUGGCUCAAUGA